GCCAUGAGCCCCUCCUCGGAGGCCGCCCACCUGCUGGAGGCCGCCAACUUCGCCGCCCGCAAGCACAAGGAGCAGCGGCGCAAGGACCCAGAGGGCACCCCCUACAUCAACCACCCCAUCGGUGUGGCCUGCAUCCUGGCCCAGGAAGGCGGAGUCACCGACGUGGCGGUGCUGCAGGCGGCGCUGCUGCACGACACGCUGGAGGACACCGACACCUCCCCGGCCGAGCUGGAGGAGCGCUUUGGGGUGGAGGUGCGGCGCCUGGUGCAGGAGGUGACCGACGACAAGGCCUUGCCCAAGGCCCAGCGCAAGCGCCUGCAGGUGCAACAGGCCGCCAGCAAAAGCCCCUCCGCCCGGCUGGUCGCUCUGGCUGACAAGCUCCACAACCUGCGUGACCUCCAGCGCUGCACCCCCGCAGGUUGGUCAGAGGAGCGGGUCCAGGAGUACUUCCUUUGGGCCUUGGAGGUGGUGAAGGGCUUGAGAGGGACCAACGCGGUGCUGGAAGAGAAGCUGCAGCAGCUGUUCCAAGCAAGAGGCCUCCUCCUGGUGUGACCUGCCCCA